AACGAUUAUAACGAUCGUGACAUAAUACUUCAUAAUUGCGCCUUAGCGACGUAACUUCCGCAGGGUAAUUCUCCUAAUUUCCUAGGCAGUGAGGUAGGUCGGUAUAAUCUUCCGUAGCGUCGUGUUUCUAUACGAACUACUCGCGGAAGGAGCAAGGAACCACAACAGCGCGACAGAGUGGUGCCUCGACGUGACGUACUCACAUGCACGGGUAAAUCGUAGGAAAAAGAACCUCUCUUCUCACACAUAUGGCAUAUAUUUUCGAUAAUUUUACUCUGCACAAGCGGGCGGACUAAAUCUUUCAGAAGAAGCAGCAACAUUGAGUUUUCGUAAUUUAACGUGAAAGCAGUUCGAGUGCGUCGCCGUCGGAAUCUUACAGAAUAUCCUUUUUUUCAUCGUGAUAAAAUCUCAUCAAGUAGAUUUGAACGGGUAGUCGAAAGAAUCUUUUCGAGAAAUAGCUUUUCCAAAUGGUUUUUAUUUAAAAGACGAAAAAUGUCAACAAUAUUGCGCAGCGUAAACUUAAUCCGAAAGCAAUAAGAUAGAUUCGAUUGUGUCUACAAAAUACACGCGUCUCUGGCUGGGAUACACGCGAUACUCGAAUCCUUUUAUUACAUUGACAAGCGUUGAUGUUAUCGUUUUCGCGAAUCACUUUUGGAUUCCUAUAUUUCCAAGAAAAGAAAUACUCGUAAGACAAUAAUCGUCUUUACGCGGUCUCGCCCGUUGCCAUCUCGUAAAUUUAAAGAGAAUAGCGCUUCCUUGCACCGUCGCUUAAUAGAAUGACGUGCUGCCGUCCAGUCGCCAUAACUUCCGCGACCGGUCGACUCCCCCUCCUCCGCUGUCGACGUUCCUGGGACACGGGGGGUAGGAAGCGAGAGAGCGGAGAGGAGUCGCGUGGAGGAGAAAAACGAGGAGGAGGAAAACGAGGAGGACGAGGCGACGGAGGAGGAGGAGAAGGAGGAGGAGGAGGAAGAGGGCGACGGGCAGAGUGAACCCCUUAUUGAUUUUUAGGGUGACACUGUCAACCGGCGGCGUGUCCCGCGCGACGGGCGACUUUCAAACGACGGGGCGAGGGAAAAAAAUGCACCGGCCGGCGACGCGCCGUUGCAUGCUCGCGUAGAGAAAAGUCUCUCGAUCUGUGGUGACGGGCAGAGAGAGAGAGAGAGAGAGAGAGAGAGAGAGAGAGAGAGAGAGAGAGAGAGAGAGAGAGAGAGAGAGAGAGAGAGAGAUAAAGAAAGAGAGAAGACACGCUCCGUCGACGGGCCAACGAUAAACCGUCCUCCGCCUUGGUUGGUACGCGCGCCGGGCGAGGCCGUGCGACGUUUUUUCGCCGUGCGUCGCGGUGGUUGGCGGCAGCGACAACGACGACGACGACGACGGUGGCGGCGGCUGCGGCUGCGGCGGCACCGACGGGAGGAAAGAGUAACCGCGGCGCAGUCCCGUUGCGGUCGAGGGUGCGCAGCUCGGCGCGCAGGGCCGUACGCAGACAACGUUCGUGGGCAGCCGAUCCACGUGGGGUGAUCUCGCGGCCGCCUUUCGCACGCGUUCAUCUUUGACGUCUUCGUCGUGGCGCGCGGCAUAUACGUAUACACAUAUAGAUAUAUAUACAUCUCGUACACCCCCAUCUGCCGAGGACGGGGACGGGGGUGGUUGCCACCUUGGAAACGCGAGGGGAGCGUUACACGUUACACAGGGGGAGGGAGUACGCGAGUCUCCGCGAGCGAACGGCGAGUCCGUAGUAGUGAUCGUCGUUGCCCUCUUUUACGCUAUCUCUUUCUCUCCUUCUCUCACCUUUUUUAUUUCUUCCGUUCCCACCCCGAGCGUUUUUCCGCUCUCCUCAACUCUCCUGGCCUCGAGGUAGGCGUCGCGCGCUAGCGAGUGACGCACGACGAGUCGCAUGGGGAAACGUGCGCUCCCCGGAUUCGCGCGACGCGUGGGAUCGUUCGCUCGGGAGGUAAACGUGUGUGAUUCGACGUAAGAGCACCGGCACGCGCGGGAUUGUAAUUAUGAGGCAUUGGAAUGAUCUUACGUGCUGCGUGCCCGAAGUGAAGUGCGCGAGGAAGGAAGCGGCGCCGUCGUUACGUAAGCCUCUCCGGGAACCGGUCGCCGCGAUUUAACGUUACGUGUGCAAACACAAUUUCGACGUGGCUGUCGCACGCACGGCGUUGCGCUCACAUGCAACAGGCGACACCGCGCUGCCAAAGUUUCCUCUCGCGAUUAAUCGAUCGUAGAAAUUAUCGCUGGUCCAAGUAGUAGAAGAGAAAGCGAGGAAAAUUUCGCGCGCGCGUCCAUCGUUUCUGUCUGCCUGCCUGCCUGCCUUCCUUCCUUCCUUCCUUCCUUCCUUCCUUUCUUCCUUCCUUCCUUCCUUCCUUCCCUCUUUCCGUCCGCGGUCGGGAAAGUCAUUCGUUCGCGAGCGGAGAAGGGCGACGUGGUCGUCGUGCAGGCGCCGCCGAGAGCGUUAUAGCUGCGAAAUUACGCGUGCGGCGCACGCGAGUGACAAUCGAUACCGGUGUAUGAGAGCGCGAGGUGUGUAGCAGCGACUUGGACAGCGUUUCGCAAAGGUGCCGUUGUACGUCACGAUCGAGCGCGGAGCGACAAAACAACAAACUACACGGGACUGAGAAGGGGCAGACAACCAGAGAGAGAGAGAGAGAGCGAGCGAGAGGCGAGGAGGUGCGUGCGAGUGUCCGUGCACCCCGUCAACGUCAUGAGAACGCGGCGCGGGUGUGAACGCGAUCAAGUUUCAGUCGUCACCACGCUAUCCGCGCUCGGCAGAGGGAGGAAAAGAGCGGAAAAAUGGCAACCCUCCUCGGAGUUCGCGCGUGGGAUAGCAAUUAUUGUCUGCGGUCGAGGAAGAAAUCCAGUUGACACUCGGGCGUGAGCGGCGGCGGCGGCGGCGCCGACGACCCCGACCGACACCGGCUGGUGGAAGGAAGGCGAGAGAGAGAGAGAGAGAGAGAGAGAGAGAGAGAGAGAGAGAGAGAGAGAGAGAGAGAGAGAGAGAGAGAGAGAGAGAGAGAUAGAUAGAUAGAUAGAUAGAUAGAUAGAAAUAGAAAGAGGGAGAGAAAAGGAGAGCGGAGGUGGAACACGUGGUCCGAGAAGAGGAGCAGUUACGAGGUGCGUGCGUGGUUUAGUUACGCCCCUGGCGCACGUGUGUACGUGCACAUCCGCAGCAGCCGCCUUCGCGGUGGCGGCACGCGGUGUGAGGUGUGAGUGACACGAGUCGGUGAGUGUCGACGAGAAACGCGCGCGGCGCUGCCGAGCUUGGCGAUUUCGUGUGCCUGUGUGACCGCGUACUGUGCACGUAGCUUUCGUGACCCAGGGAGACGCGAGAAAUUUUUCAACGACCGCCUCGCGCGCCGCGAUCUCGCAGGCGAGUCAGUCUGUUGACUCCGGUAGUGACGAUUCGCGCUCCGCGUCUCCCUUCCAUCCUCUCUCAGAGGUAAGAGAGAGAGAGAGAGAGAGAGAGAGAAAGGGAGCACGCGCGCGCGCUCGCGCGGGCAACGAGUGCACUCGCGACUCUCGCGAGGUCGCUCUUGUGUUUGGAACGUCGUGAACUUUUCUGCAAUGUGACGACGCGGGGAUCGCGGGGAAUGAAUGGCCGCACUAGCGUCAUGUCGCAACGGUGCACGCGCCUGAGAGCGGGUGCAGAGCGACCGGAGUACGUACGAGCACCGCCGGCCGUGGCCUCCUCCUCCUCCUCCUCCUCCUCUUCCUGAGUCGCGGCGACACGCGCGGCCGGAGCGGACAGCGGAGCGGAGCGACGACCGUUGGAAAGAUGCCGGCGGCGGCGACGCGACCGCCGCACCACCACCGUCACCACCACCACCACCAUCAUCAUCAUCACUACCACGACGACGACGACGGGCUCUUGUUGUUGAUGUUGUUGUUGUUGUUGUUGCCGCUGCCGCUGUUUCGUCGAGACGACGUCGACGACGACGACGAGGAGCUCGCGCCGCGGCGACCAACGAUCGACUCCUGAAGCGCGGCGGUCGAGUGUGUGCCUUCGCCGCGCGGCGCGAGUACGUCUCUCUCUCUCGCGUCUCUACUGGUGCGUGUACUGGUUUAGGUUAGGUGUGCCGGCACAUAACCUUCAAGCGCGAGCGGCACCGAGAGAACCUGAGGGCCUCCGAGCCGCCUUACCGUCCUGAAAUCGGGCACCACUCGCGAGAACGAUCGGCCAACGAGUUUCCGCUGCUCUCGCGUCUACUGUUUUCGUUGCGAAUUUCUACGCAGUUGAUGAUCGCUCCGGUGGAAUGAAUUGGGUGACCACGGGACAAUGAAGGCCAAUGGGACAAACAAUGGCUGUAGCCGCCUAAACACGCCAUUGGCAGCCACCACGCUGGAGGAUCCCGGUACCCCAGCCUCCUGGAAGGGCCCGCCGCCCGGUUCGGAGGCAUCGCCCUUCACACCCAAUUCCGUCAGCCAGGGUGGUGGUCCUGGCUCGGGUCCAUACAACAGCACGGGUGGUCCACCGAGUAAUGCGGGCUUCCAAGGACCGAGUCCAUUUCCCGGGAGUGCCGGCAGUCCAGCCGGGGCCCCGCCGUAUCAGGGCCCGCCGCCCGGCUCGGCGACGCCGCAGUACACCGCCUCCCCCGCACCGAGCGGCUCCUCGACGCCCGGUCCUGGACCGCCGCCUAAUUCCACCGGUUUUCCACCACCUCCGAACAAUUCCGGUCCACCGUACAACGGGCCCGGGCCCAGUCCGUUCGGCUCACCUUCCGGUGCGCCACCGCAAUUUGUCGGGCGACCCGGCUCCUCGGGACCACCGUUCGUUCCACCGGGUGCCGGUAAUCCGCAUUUUCCCUCGCACGGCCAGCCAUUUGGCGGUCCACAGUACGGCAUACCGCCUGGGAGUCCGUUUGGACCGGGAGGACAUCCUAUGGCUGGACCUAUGGGACCUGGACACCCGAUGAUGGGACCUGCCGGCCCUGUCGACAGACUGGAUCAAGGAUCGUUGCCUGUCCCCAGGAGGCAUACUCCAGCCUUUGGCUUCAGCCAACCGGACUACAGGCUCCACGAGUUGAACAAGAGGUUAUCGCAGCGUACGGAGGAAAGCGACAACGUCUGGUGGGACUCCUUCGCGAGCGAAUUCUUCGAAGAAGACGCUACUCUCACCCUUCAUGUCUGCUUGGAGGAUGGACCGAAAAGAUAUUCGAUAGGAAGGACGUUAAUACCCAGGUACUUCCGUUCGAUAUUCGAUGGUGGUGUGACGGAAUUGUACUACACUCUAAAGAACCAGAAAGAGUCGUUCCACAACACCACCAUCACGCUUGACUGCGAUCAGUGCACUAUGGUCACGCAAUACGGAAAGCCAAUGUACACCAAGGUGUUAACGGAGGGUAGGUUAAUAUUGGAGUUCACCUUUGACGACCUCAUGAGGAUAAAGUCGUGGCAUAUGUCGGUAAGGACGCAUCGGGAGCUCGUACCGAGGAGUGUUGUCAGUAUGCAGCAGGACCCAACGAUGCUUGAGCAGAUUAGCAAAAACAUCACCAGGCAGGGCAUGUCCAACUUUACUCUCAACUACCUUAGAUUAUGCGUGAUUCUGGAGCCAAUGCAGGAACUGAUGUCGAGGCAUAAAGCGUAUGCUUUAUCACCCCGCGAUUGUCUGAAGACGACCUUGUUCCAGAAAUGGCAGAGGAUAGUUGCCCCGCCGGGUAAGAGAGAGUCUCAGCGGCCAGCUAGUAAAAGAAGAAAGCGGAAGGGCAGCACAUCCGGACCAGGCAACAAUGCACCUCCUGCACCUAGCAAAAAGCGUUCACCAGGACCAAAUUUUUCUCUAGCAUCGCAGGAUGUGAUGGUCGUGGGUGAACCAUCUUUGAUGGGCGGAGAAUUCGGGGACGAAGACGAACGGUUAAUCACAAGGUUAGAAAAUACACAGUACGAUGCCGCAAAUAACCUGGACCCUCAUAGUCACGAUGCGUCCGGUGGACCGCCACCUCAUCCGCAUCAAUUCCACUCGGAGCCAACACCAGGCAAUUCCUGGCCACCAGAUCGCGGUCCUGGUCCACCACAGGGAGGUCCCUCUCAGGGAGUCCAAGGUGGUCAGACGGGCGCGGCCGCGGGUGUACAAGGGACGCAGGAUGCCAGUCAGCAGCAGCAAGACAAGAAGAGCCCCGCGGUGAGCCAGUGAGGCCAGGAGUCCCCGCGCCCCCCCACCAGGGG